AACGACACAUUCAUAUAUUUACGCCAUCUACCCACCACCCCCCCCUAAAACAACCUCUAUGAUGGAUGACGUUGAUCGCGUUAAUGAACUACCCCUGAAGCAUUGCGUACACGUGCGGAAUCGACGCCAACGGAAUCGGCACCUUGUGGAAUCGACAACCGACGUAAUCGAUCCGCCUCACGCCGGUUUCGGGCACGGGCAAGUUAUUGCCUUGGGGGUCUUCUCGGCCCCGCAAGUCGAGUGGCGGCAAGUCGCCUCCUCUGCCACGACGCCGUGUUCCUCCCGUGUUCCUCCCGUGUUCCUCCCCCGCUCGCGCCGAGAGCACGGGGAGAGAGAGAGAGGAGGCAGGCGGGCGGGCAUCGUGGAGAAAUCCUCGCGGCGUCGCGCGAGUGGAGGGAGGCAUGGAUGUAAAUGCGAGCCCAUCCAGGGAUGAGGAGCAGCGCGGUGCCAAAUCUGCACACCGGAUCUCCGACCACAGUGAAGGGGGAGACACGGGAGCCCUCGGGGCGGCCGCUGACUUUGAGUCUCCCGCGUCACCUCUGCUGGGCGCCACGGACGACGACGUCGCCGUUGAGCGGCCUGGGGGAGCCGGGGAUGCGAGGGGCCCAGCGUGCCGGAGGCGCGGGGGGCGCGGGGGACGGGACCCCGGUUGGGACGAUCCGCGGGGGGCGCAGAGACGCAGACGGGGAGCGAGCGUCGCUGGGCCGAGCGUCGCUGGGCCGAGCGUCGCUGGGCCGAGCGUCGCUGGGGAUGGACCGCAGCCUCCCGAUGGCACAGGCGAAGGCAGAGACGCGGUGGAGGGAUGCACAGCUGAGGUGAGGGAGCCCCCGAGGAGGAGGGGGAGGAGGAGGAGCGCGCGGACUCGCGCCGAAGCGGGAGAAGCGGUCACAGUGGAGACGCCGACCCCGCCGACGGACGUCGCGAGCAACGGGACGGGGGAGGGGGCGGGCAACCCGACGCCGCCCCCGCGCCUCCCCCGCCCCCGCGGGCGCCCGCGCCUCGACCCCAAGCCGGCGGCGUGCGGCACCUGCGCCAAGAUGUUCAGCGGCCGCCACGACCUGCGCAAGCACGAGCGCACGCACAGCGGCGAGCGCCCGUUCGCGUGCGAGCAGUGCGGCAAGGCCUUCGCGCAGGCCUCCGUGCUCAACCGCCACCGCCGCUCGCACACGGGCGAGCGGCCCUUCAUGUGCGACGAGUGCGGCAAGACGUUCUCGCUGCGCUGCAACCUGCAGGCGCACAAGCUGGCGCACGCGGGCGAGCGGCCGCACGCCUGCGCCGAGUGCGGCAAGGCGUUCGCGCAGGCGCGCUACCUCGCCGUGCACGCCAGGAAGCACGCGGGCGCCCGCGACUUCGUGUGCGAGCGCUGCGGCCGCGCGUUUGCCCACUCCGCCAACCUGGCGGUGCACCGGCGCGGGCACACGGGCGAGCGGCCGUACGCGUGCGAGCGCUGCGGCCGCGCCUUCGCGUGCGCCGCGUGGCUGGCGCAGCACCGCGCCUGCCACACCGGGGAGCGGCCGUUCCGCUGCGAGGUGUGCGGCCGCGGGUUCUCGCGCGCCUGGGCCAUUGCGCAGCACCGCAGCGUGCACACGGGCGAGCGGCCCUUCGUGUGCGAGCUGUGCGGCAAGGCCUUCCGCACCAAGCAGAUGAUGGCGCGCCACCAGCGGCAGCACGGGGCCUGCGCCGACGAGGUGGAGGACGCCCCCCUCUCGUGCGGCCUGGAGGUGCUGGCGCCGUGGACAGUCGAGGUGGCGACCUCUUCCCACCUUGCCACGUGCCAGGGCGUCAUGCAGGGCCUGGGGCCCGGAGCGGCUAACGCGCCGCCGCCGCCGCCACCACCGCCGCCGAUCAAGUUCGUCGCCGUGGAGCCGAGCGAGCUGCACGAGGCCGACCUGAGCCGCGUGCUUCGCGAGGUGCUGGACCGUGGAGGCACCUACGACGACGAAGAUUGUGACCCUGCGAAUGAAUGCACACAAGUGAUUAUUCAUAUUGCUUCCGUGACCCCAGUGCAGCCAGAUGAAGGGGGGGCGUCUCUGACAGAACCAGGUGCGGAGUCCUGCCCCGAGGUCGCAGCUGAACAUGAGCAGCACACGGAGCAUGAGGAGCACGGGCAGCAUGAGCAGCACGAGCAGCAGGAGCAUCACGGACAGCACACGGAGCAUGAGCAGUACCAGCAGCACGGGCAGCAUGAGCAGCACAUGGAGCACGGGCAACACGAGCAGCACAUGGAGCACAUGGAGCACGGGCAGCACAUGGAGCACAUGGAGCACAUGGAGCACGGGCAACACGAGCAGCACAUGGAGCACAUGGAGCAUGGGCAGCACACGGAACACGGGCAACACGAGUUCGUCGCGGAAGCCUCGAGCACGGGCGGCGUGCAGGAGGACGUGUCCGCGUACCACAACGCGGCGGCUGCCGGCGUGUGGGGCCAAGACAAGGACGACGCGGCCGUGGUGAUCGUCAUCAUGGGUGCCACGGAGGAGCAGCGGCAGGAGGAUAAGAAAGGGGAGGAGGGUGAUAAGGAGGGGGAGCAGCGCGAGACGCGUCCGAGAGGGGGGGCAGCCGUCGAGGAUUGCGAGGUCGACAGCGCCACGGACGUGAUGGAGAGGGCCCCUCACAGGCCCGGCCGCCGCAAGAGGGCCGUCUCGGCGGGACUGGCGUGCGGCGUCUGCGGGAAGCGCUACUCGCGGCGCCACGACCUGCGCAAGCACGAGCGCACGCACAGCGGCGAGCGUCCGUUCGCGUGCGAGCAGUGCGGCAAGGCCUUCGCGCAGGCCUCCGUGCUCAACCGCCACCGCCGCUCGCACACGGGCGAGCGGCCCUUCAUGUGCGACGAGUGCGGCAAGACGUUCUCGCUGCGCUGCAACCUGCAGGCGCACAAGCUGGCGCACGCGGGCGAGCGGCCGCACGCCUGCGCCGAGUGCGGCAAGGCGUUCGGUCAGCGGGCGCACUUGGCGGCACACCGGCGCGUCCACACGGGCGAGCGGCCGUACGUGUGCGAGGAGUGCGGCCGGCGCUUCGCCCACUCCUCCAACCUGACGCUGCACCGGCGGCGCCACACGGGCGAGCGCCCCUACGUGUGCGAGCGCUGCGGCAAGAGCUUCGCGCGCGCCGGCUUCCUGGCUACGCAUGCGCGCAGCCACACGGGCGAGCGGCCGUUCGCGUGCGAGGUGUGCGCCCGCGGGUUCGCGCGCCGCUCGUGGCUCGUCAUGCACCGGCGCUGCCACACGGGCGAGCGGCCCUACGCUUGCGUCGAGUGCGGCAAGGCGUUCGCGCGGCCCUCGGAGCUCGGCACGCACCGCCGCAUCCACACGGGCGAGAAGCCCUACCCGUGCCACGUCUGCGGGACGCCGUUCCGCGUCAAGCACCACCUCGUGCGCCACCAGAAGAAGCACGCGGGGGAGGCGGCCGGCGUCCAGCCGUCGUAGCUGGGCGCUACGAACCCGGCGACCCGGGUUCGAUUUGCGCUCACGGCCAACACCGGCGACGAUUAUCUGCUUUCGUCCUGGGCUUCCCCUGGGUCACGGUGUGUAAACAUCGCCAGCGUGGAGACGAGGGCGGCCGGGCGUGGUGCCGGCCACACCACUCCCCCGUGAGCCGUGUGCCGGCCUUUAAAGGUUCCGCUCACCGUGUGAAUGUGGCGUGGCUGCUGUGUCUGGCGGCUGGGAGACACCUACUGAUGAAUGGUGCGAAUGAAAUUCAGUCGGUAGCUUGCGCACGAUUGGCCUAACAUUUACAGCAAUGCCCCGAUUUACGUCUUCCCCAUUUUAAGUCGCAAAUACGUCGUCACUUUAUUAACACCGCUACCUGAUUUACGUCCGCCUCAAGCCCACACUCACGUCGCUGACAGCAUCGUCCGUCCUCUCUCCUUAUCCGUCGUCGCACCUUUCAGGAACACAUCCCCGACGUAAACCGGGGUGUUACUGUUCAUCCACAGCGUAAUUAAUUUAUAUUGCCUGUAUUUGACACGUACUUAUUUAGUUGCUUGCAAAUUCGUAUAUUGUCACUGACCUAUAUUAAUGCAUUUUGGUCGGUUAUUUGGCGAUUACUGCAUUGGCUGUGGUGCACAAGCACAAGUAAAAAAAAAAACAGCCUUAAAAGGAAUAUAAAUACUGUAAAUAUGUGAUGUUAGAUGAAAUUCUCCUAUUUCAGAGCACGUGAAUCGGCCAGUGAGUGGCGAAUGUGUUGAGAUUUUUUUGUUAACUAAUUAUUGUUGUUGCUAAUCUGAGGUGCGGGGGGGGGACGACAAACUGAACACAAAAAGCAGUUCUAAAUAAAUUAGUUUUUUCAAUCUUUAUUUAAAAGUCCAUAACUCCCAGUGGCCCCCUAAUAUUGGAAGGAACAGCAUUCCAGACAGCCGCAGAAGCGCAUCUAAAACAGCCUUAAAAGGAAUAUAAAUACUGUAAAUAUGUGAUGUUAGAUGAAAUUCUCCUAUUUCAGAGCACGUGAAUCGGCCAGUGAGUGGCGAAUGUGUUGAGAUUUUUUUGUUAACUAAUUAUUGUUGUUGCUAAUCUGAGGUGCGGGGGGGGACGACAACAAACUGAACACAAAAAGCAGUUCUAAAUAAAUUAGUUUUUUCAAUCUUUAUUUAAAAGUCCAUAACUCCCAGUGGCCCCCUAAUAUUGGAAGGAACAGCAUUCCAGACAGCCGCAGAAGCGCAUCUAAAACAGCCUUAAAAGGAAUAUAAAUACUGUAAAUAUGUGAUGUUAGAUGAAAUUCUCCUAUUUCAGAGCACGUGAAUCGGCCAGUGAGUGGCGAAUGUGUUGAGAUUUUUUUGUUAACUAAUUAUUGUUGUUGCUAAUCUGAGGUGCGGGGGGGGGACGACAAACUGAACACAAAAAGCAGUUCUAAAUAAAUUAGUUUUUUCAAUCUUUAUUUAAAAGUCCAUAACUCCCAGUGGCCCCCUAAUAUUGGAAGGAACAGCAUUCCAGACAGCCGCAGAAGCGCAUCUAAAACAGCCUUAAAAGGAAUAUAAAUACUGUAAAUAUGUGAUGUUAGAUGAAAUUCUCCUAUUUCAGAGCACGUGAAUCGGCCAGUGAGUGGCGAAUGUGUUGAGAUUUUUUUGUUAACUAAUUAUUGUUGUUGCUAAUCUGAGGUGCGGGGGGGGGACGACAACAAACUGAACACAAAAAGCAGUUCUAAAGAAAUUAGUUUUUUCAAUCUUUAUUUAAAAGUCCAUAACUCCCAGUGGCCCCCUAAUAUUGGAAGGAACAGCAUUCCAGACAGCCGCAGAAGCGCAUCUAACAACCGCGCCGCCGCUGCGGAUGACCGCAGCGGCGAUUGCCAAGGUACAGAUUUAAAACGCCAAGCGGUCAUUAUAAUAACAUUAAAAAAAACCAACAAGUUCAUCCAUAACACUUUGUGUGGCCUUAAAAGGUAAAAUAUAUAAUAGGUGUCUUCGGGAAAUGGCCCUUGAUAGCACACAAAUAGUGGUUAGAAGAGUGGUUACGAUGGAGUGGGUUGAAAAGUCCAUGGUUGUGUUUCCACACUGAUAUUGUCCAUCGUGCUUGUAAACUUCUUUUGGAUACGUUGCCUAUACAGCAAAAGGUGGUCCAGAUGUCUUGUGACCCCCCCCCCCCCCCCCCAAUUCUCUUAACCUGAAUAUUUAUUUUUAAUAAACAAAAAUGUUAGGGGUCAACUGUACCACUCUGUCCAAUACCACCUCCCCCUGAGUUCAAAUCUAUCACAUGUAAAUGAAUGUGCAUUGUUACACGUGUGUACAUUAAAGUUAACAAUUCAUGAAAUGAA